UCCGCGCGCGCCGGGGCCGGACCGGGGAGGGCGCGCGGCGCGGGCGGCGGCCGGAGAGAAGCACGGGGCGGCGGAGGUGAUGACGGCGGCGGCAUGGAGUUCCCGGAGCACGGCGGGCGGCUGCUGGGCCGCCUGAGGCAGCAGCGCGAGCUUGGCUUCCUGUGCGACUGCACCGUGCUGGUGGGCGACGCGCGCUUCCCGGCCCACCGCGCCGUGCUGGCCGCGUGCAGCGUCUACUUCCAUCUCUUCUACAGGGACCGACCCGCAGGCAGCCGCGACACGGUGCGGCUCAACGGCGACAUCGUCACGGCGCCCGCCUUCGGCCGUCUGCUGGACUUCAUGUACGAGGGCCGCCUGGACCUGCGCAGCCUGCCUGUCGAGGACGUUCUGGCCGCCGCCAGCUACCUGCACAUGUACGACAUCGUCCAGGUCUGCAAGGGCCGGCUCAGGGAGAAGGACCGCGCGCUGCAUCCGCAGACGCCCCCUCCUGGGGCAGAGCCGCCUGGCCGGCCCCCGUGCCCCCUGCCCGCCUGGACCCCUGAGCUCUGCCCAGCUGCCCAGAAGGCCAGGCUCCGUCGGGCUGGGGUCAAGGCUGCCCUCUCUCCGGGAGCACCGGCGCCUUGUUCCUGGCAGGCUCCAGGAGAGUCAGACCUGGCCCUGGACCUGUCGCUGAAGCCUGGCCUGAGGAGGAAGUCAGUCCACCCACCCUGCAUCCUCCAGACGCCCCCCAGCAGCCAGAUGCAGCCAGGGGCCCAGCCACUAGUGAAGGAUGAGCCAGACUCACUGUCGGAACAGGAGGACAGCAGUGGUCCUCGGAGCCCCCACAGCUCCCUGCAGCCGCCCUGUGUUCCCUCGGCCACGUGCCUGGCAGGGGGCUUGGAGCCGCCGCCUGUCAGCGUGGCGGGCAGCGGGGAGCUGCAGCUGGAUGCAGAGCGGGGAGUGAGCGGGGUGGAGCUGGGGCCUGGCGGGCACCUCUGCAUGUGCCCACUGUGCAGCAGGCUGUUCCCCAGCGCCCACGUGCUGCAGCUGCACCUCAGUGCCCACUUCCGUGAGCGGGACGGCGCCCGGGCCCGGCUCUCGCCCGACGGCGCCGUGCCCACCUGCCCGCUCUGCCGGAAGACCUUCUCCUGCACGUACACGCUGAAGAGACACGAGCGCACGCACUCUGGCGAGAAGCCCUACACGUGCGUGCAGUGCGGCAAGAGCUUCCAGUACUCGCAUAACCUGAGCCGCCACGCCGUGGUGCACACGCGCGAGAAGCCGCACGCCUGCCGCUGGUGUGAGCGCCGCUUCACGCAGUCCGGGGACCUCUACCGCCACGUCCGCAAGUUCCACUGUGGCCUGGUCAGGUCCCUGCUGGUGUGACGCCUCCCUGUGGGGCUGGGGGUGGGCGGGAGAGGCAAGACCUCCCCAGAGGGACACUGGGAUGGAGGGUGAGGGACCCAGAGCUCAGCCCUGUGGAAGCCCCUGCGGCUGGACUUGCCCAGCAGAAAGAACCCUGCUGCUCCUGGAACGUGGCCUCAGAUUCAGGAUGACUCAGAGGGAUGCGGGCAACCCUCCCCCAUACCUUGCCCUCCCACCCUCCAACUCACUCCUGCCCCCAGGCUGUGCCCUGACCAUGACACUGUCUUCCUCUCCGUCCCCUCCAGCCGGUUCCGAGGGGUGUUCGAAGGGGUCUUGGGGUGAGGGCGUGUUUGUCCUCCCUCCAGGGGCUUCCCAGACCACCUCACUUGCACACUUGGGUACCCUCGUGAGCCUGGCACCGCACUUGGUGCAGGAUGCGUGCAUCACAGAAGUUGUCGGUGUGAGUCCCUGACGGGCACUAUGAGUGCCAGCGGGGACCAUCAGGGCACAGCUGGUGUUGCAGAGGGGUGCAGACCCCAGCAGGAACCCCAGGGUGGUGGGGCAGAACCAGCCGGAAGCCAAGUGGCUCUGGAGUUACCAGCGCUGGGUUGGGGGUGGGUCCCCCGAGCUUUCCAUCCUGACCGCACUGUAACUCAGGGCAGAGAAAGUUGGCAUUUGGAAACGAUUCUUUAGAUGCACAAAGAGCGUCCUGGAGGUAGCCAGCUGUCUGCCCAUGGGUGAUGGGCCAUGCUGCUUCCCUGCCUGCACACAGGGGCCAGGGCGCCUCUCAGCAUCCCCAGGGUGGGGCCGAGGGGGCCUGGGAAUGCAGCCACUCGCCUGGAGUAUCACAAGCCACCACUGGGCCACGGUAGGGCUGACCCUGAAGGUCCUUCUCUUGCUCCGGGUCUCCCUGGAGCUACUGGUCAUUUCCAGAGCACUGAGCAGGGGGCCAAAGGCUGCUCCCUUUACAAGCAGUGGUGUUUGCAGGUUUCCCUGCCUUAGAGUGGGGUGCAGGUGAAAGCAGCCACCGUAGGGGGAGGGCAGGUGGCUGCUGGCCUGGGGUCACAGCCCCGCACCUUCAGCCACAGCCCUGGGAGGCUGACGCUCCUAGACAGUGAGGAGCUGCUGUCUGUGCAGUUGGCUGGGUCACCCGGCCUCGCCCGCCCACUCCCUGGGCACAUCCUGCUCCCGGAAGCUCAGUAGUUAUGGCAGAGGAGUGGGCAGAGGGGGGCUGCCCCAGCUUCUGGGUGUCCCGAAGGUGGCAGAGCUGCCUGGACUCGUGGAUCCCCAGCCCCUGGGGGCUAUUUCUGCUGUAACUGGAAGUGACGCUGAGGACAGAGUCCACCAAGUUUAAGUUAUUUUCUCUUCUGACAACACUUGAUGUCAUAUUUAUUCGUCUGUCCUGUCUGGAGUGAAGGGACCGUGGGCCUUCACAGUGGGUGGACAGACAGACGGGCUCGUCUCCCUGAGCGCCAUGGCUCCCCUGGUCUGUGUGCGGCCAGCCUCAUUGCACAGCGCCUCUUCAUGAUGCUCAGGCCUCAGAGGCCCUGGGCUGCCUGCGGACCAGAGAGAGACCUGGGUGAAGGGGACUCCCCGCUUCUGGUUGUCCUGGCCCCGGCCCUCCACCUCCAGAAGGGCUGGUGGGGCCUCAGGCUUGGCAUGAUCGGUUGUCCGUGUGUGUGUGUGCGUUAUCCAGCAUAUGGCAGGGCCUGAGCGGAGCCGGCAGGGAUGGGCAGCCGUGCCGCCCACCCCCACAGGCAGCGGGGAGAUGUGGCAGGAGCCCUGGUUUUCCCCAUGGGGUUUCCAGGGGGGAAGAAACUUACUUUCCUGGGGCAGGAAGUCUGCCCUGAGUUAUCAACACUGGAUUCAUUGUCUUCUGCAAACAGUUACUGUGAAGUUAACAUAAAGAGAAGUGGUCAGUUGUUAAUUCGGUAACCGACACAGUUCAGAGAAAAAAUAUAUAUGUGUUUAAGACACUAAUUGUGUGGGAGCGUGUAGCAGAGGUGUGUAGACACAUUUCUGGUGGAGCCUGCCAUGUAGGGUCCUCCUGGGCCAGCCCAACCCCCUGCCCCUCAGUCUCCUGCUGCUCUGCCCUUGGGGUGGGGGGCGGGCCCAGCUGACCCAGAGGACAGUCGUUCGAGCUUGGCGUUUGCCGGGAGGUUUUCUUUGCACCCACCUGCCUGGAGUGACAGUUUGGAAAUGAGUCUUCCUGUGUUCACAUUGCCUCCUAAUGAUGUUAGUGGUAAUAAAGCCCCUGCAGUGAGGAUGGCCCUUGGAUACUGGG